AUGCCAGCAAGCCGCAAGCCCGUAAGGCAGGGGCCGUCGUUAAUUGUAUGUUUGUUGAUAAUAAUUGUCAAUCGGCGUUCAGUGAAGACAACGAUAGUAAAUUUUUACCUCGGCGGGUUAUCAAUGUCGAGUAAUGAAGAAUAUAUUGCUCCUGACGAAGUCAAGAACGCAUUGGCUUUGCUGGACAAGGAAGAAGUUUCUUCGAAAAAGCGACUGUUAACGUUUUCUAAUCAAUGGCACAGUGUUAUUAAAGAGAUAGAUUCUGUAAACCAACAGUUCUCGUCGCUUGACUCGAUAAAAAGUAACUUGUGUCAAAUAGAAACGAGGAUUCAAGACUCUUCUAAGCUCGCUGAAGAUAUAUCAUCUAAGGUACGACAAUUAGAUAAAAUUCGUGGACGCGUUUCAGAAUGUCAAAAGCGUGUUCAAGAUUUAUUAGAUCUUCAGUUGUGCAGUGAAGGCGUUCAGAUUGCAAUGAAAAAUGAUGAGUUGGAAAAAGCAGCUGCGCAUGUUCACCGAUAUCUUUCUAUCGACCAAACUAAAUUACAACGUACAGCUGAUGAUAUGGCACAAGAUUGCUCUAUGAUAACUAGCUCGCUGAAACACUUACAAAACGCUACUGAUCAUCUUCAAAAUACCGUAUCGAAACGGUUUGAUCAGGCAUCAUUAAUACAAGACCAAAAGUCCAUUGAAAGGUAUUUCAAAAUUUUUCCUUUACUGGGCAUGCACGAUGUGGGCUUAUCGAAAUUUGUUGCGUAUCUAGGUAGAAUAUUAAAAAAUACUGCAGACAAAAGUUUAAAAAAUGUAAUUGAUACUUCAAUUUCAAGUAAUCGAGCUAGUAUAGUUUUUGCUGAUGGCUUAACGUUUCUUUUUGAAGAGGUAGCCAAAACGAUUGAGGUACAGCAACCUUUAAUAGAAACCCACUACGGUCCCGAUUAUAUAGUUCAGUUCAUGUCUCAAUUACAAGUGCAUUGCGAUACGUUUAGUAAUGAUAUUUUGACUGCAUUUCUCAAGACACGAAAAGUAAAAGAAUUAUUAAAAACAAUGUGGGAUGAAUCGGAUCCAAACAUUGAAAAACCAGACUCCAAAGAUAUCGACUUGUUAAUUGAAGAAAUUGUGUUAAUUUUGGCACGGUAUGAUUUAUAUGCUAAAUUUGUGAAUAAACACAUCAAUGUCGAAUUGGAAUCAAAAUCAUCGACCGCUAAGUCGUUUUUAAUUAACAGUAAGUUGUGUUGUUCUAUACAAGAGUUAAUGGGCAGGUAUUUGGAAUUUGAAAGAUACUACAUGGAGGAGAGUAUUAAAAAAGCUAUUUUGAUGGACACUUUAGAAGGAGACGAGGCGUUAACUUCUAGUAUGGUAGACGAUGUGUUUUUUAUUAUUCGUAAAUGUGUAAUGCGUUCAUUAAGAUCAGGAAGUUUGGACUUGUUGUGUGCCGUCAUAAAUAACGCCAUUAACGCUUUAGAAACAGACUUGUGUACGUUUUUUAGCCAAGUGUUAAAUUCCGGUUACCCCGGUUCGGGAUAUUUCAAUAGGUUUACCCCAGACUUGGAAAAAAUCAGGCAAACAUUCUUGGCUUCAUUGAACAACACCGAAGUUGCAAUUGAAUAUUCCAGAUCAUUAGCACAAACGUUUAAAGAAGAAAUACCGCUUAAGUUGAAAGACUGUAAUAUGGAAAAACUGGACAGUUGUCUUAGUGAUUUUUCAAGAGUCAAUACGCUAUUAGUGACUGCAAAUAAAAAUGGAUUUAAGCAGCUACAAAAUUCCCUUAUUGAACCGAAAAUACAAGCAUGGGUCGAACAAUUUUACGAAUACAGUUACAAAAUGAGUGAAUCUGAGUUUUCUCAGAUGGAAGCCGAUAAUCCUUUUGUACAAAAUAUAAUACUUCAGGUGGACAACAUCUUUAAGGAGUUCAAGAAUAAAUUGACCUCUAACAAUUAUGACGUUUUUGUUGUGGCAAUCGCCAUAGAGACAUCUGUACAAUUAGAAAAGGUUAUAAUGAAAACAGAGUUUAACCGUUUGGGUGGCAUGUCAUUAGACAAAGUGGUAAGAACACUCAUCAAUUACUUCAGCGGUGCUAGUGCAUGGCCCGUUAGAGAAAAAUUCUCUAGGUUAGUCCAGGUAACAACUGUGCUAAACUUGGAACAAGUGUCUGAUUUAAAUGAAUUUUUGAGUCCAGACAGCGGAAUGUGUUUUGCGUGGAAACUAACUCCAGAUAACAUACGACAGAUUUUAAAACUACGAUUCGACUUUAGAGAAGAAGACAUUAGGAAAAUAAAACUAUAAAAUGUGUCCUUGUUUAUUGAUAUAGCUGUUAAAUGUAUACUGUUUUAUUUGUAUAAACUAUUGUGUGAUUAAAUUAUUUAAUCGGUUUCUUAAACUUGUUUUUAGCCCUAAAAAUGUUGCAAUUUUAUAUCUGGUACCUAUUUAUUUUUUUAGUUAAUAUUAUUUUAGAUUAUAAAAUAUAUUGUAUAAUAUCUUCCAGGUUUAUUUUAU